UUGCUAAUUGCCCCCGCGUCCGCAAGAAGUCGAGCGAAGUAGUCGCUCUCCCUUUGAGCUUCGAAUUCACGUUGAGGACGCCCCCUAUACCCAGGAUGGGUAUAUAUACCUUCGGCGUAUGCAAACACUAAUGAAUGUCGCGAGCACGAGGAGCGAGGAGUGGACGCAUACACAGGAGAGCUCGUACAAUCGGUUCGAAGAGUCUGUACGAGCUGAGAGAAGUGCGACGGGUAGGGUAGCAGGCGAGGUAGUAAGAGGCCGACCGCGGCAUAGUCCGCAGCUUGAAAUGAGCACAUUGAAAUACGAUCCAUUUUUCGGUAAUGCACACCCCGCGUUUGCCAACGUUAGACUCGUCAUACGCGUCUCGGGAACGGUGCGAGCAAACUCGAUGAAUUUCUGAGCGAUUUAUCGAUAAAGUUAUCCCGAGGCUCGCUCGGGAGUGCCAUAUUUUCGGGGAUUUUUGUGCGGUGUGAGAAUUAGCAGCUGAGAGUAAAAAAAUCGACUGUUAUCGGCGAGCAUUUCGUUGCGCCCGCCCCGGGAGUGGCUCAGACUCCUUAAAACUUGAAAAUCCCUCGUUUCCGGUUGCUUCGAAAGGUUUUCCCCGGGAGAAAUUCGCGUCCGGAGUUGCUCGCGCGGGUGACCGAGGCCCCGGGAAGCGACUCCCGUCGUUGCUUCGUCCUCGGUGUCCCUGGUCGUCAAAUUGAACGCUCGUAGCUGGUUUUUCGCAGUGAGUCGCUAACAGGGACAGCCCCGCCGAGGCAGCUUCGCUUUUCGCACAUUUACAUGGAUAUUUCUGCGUUCGAGUGAAAUGUCGGAUUCGAUAAAGCGACGGAAGAGCUGGUACCAGAAAGCCGAGACUGGCAUAAAGCUGGACACAUGGUUUCGACCGAAAAAAUCCGGUCGCGGUGGUGGGGUCAGAAGUGGCACUGGCCUCAACACCGCCCCCCGUCCAAAUUCUGGCGAUGAUUUCGACGAGAUCGAGCAACAACGUUCCAUCAUCGAGAGGAUGGAUGAAGAAGCGAUGAACGAACGAUUCGAAAAGAUGCUGGCCAACAUGAAUUUAACCGAGGAGAAAAAAGAGCCGCUGCGACAGCAGACUGAAACGAAGAAGAAGGAAAUGUUGGUACUUCAUUACAAGGGAAGCAUACAAGAAAACAGAUCAAAGUUCGACAAACCGGCCGAUUACAUACAAUAUUUGGCACAACCAGAUUUGAGUGUAAAUAAAAUCUACAGCUGUAUAGAAUCGCUCAGAAUAGCAUUAACGAAUAAUCCUCUGAGUUGGGUCCAAGAAUUUGGUACGAAAGGGCUCAAACAAGUACUGGCGACCCUCAACGAAUGUUACAGAAAUGCUCUCGUAUAUUACGAUAGUGACAAUCGGUACGAGAGAAUACAAUACGAAUGCAUACGAUGUCUCAAAGCCAUAAUGAACAAUACGGUGGGAAUAAAAGAGAUGUUGGCCCAUCACGAAGCGCUGACGAUUGUUGCUCGUUCGUUGGAACCGAGCAAACCGUCGGUCAUGUACGAAGCUGUCAAACUCCUCGGCGCUGUUUGUCUCAUAUCGAGUGACAGCCACAAAAAAGUUCUGGACGCGAUUACGAUGAACGGUGAAUUCAAAGGACGCGAAAGAUUUUUACCAAUUGUUCAUGGAUUGAUGAACAAGCAGAAUGAGAAUUUGAGAGUCGUUUGUCUCCAACUGAUAAAUUCCAUCAUUUCCUCGGCCGAAGAUUUGGACUUUCGGUUACACCUCAGAAACGAAAUAAUGCGAAUUGGUUUAGCGGAUAUACUCGAGUCAUUGGAACGUGACGAUUCCGAUGAUCUGACAACUCAUUUGAAAAUCUUCAACCGUGACAAGGAGGAGGAUUACGAGGAAUUCGUGCAAAGAUUCGACCACGUAAGAUUCGAGCUGGACGAUGUGAACGAUUGUUUCGAAGUGGAGAAAAAUCGCGUCAUGGACACGCCCGCCGAGCCCUACUUCUUAUCGAUACUCCAACAUUUGUUGUUCAUUCGAGACGACGCACUCGUGAGGCCAGCUUAUUACAAACUCAUCGAAGAAUGCGUCUCCCAAAUAGUACUUCAUCGUUCGGGUUGCGAUCCUGAUUUUAGCGCGACUAAGCGAUUCCAAAUUGAUGUACAACCGCUCAUCGACACUCUCGUGGAAAAAUCGAGAGCCGAGGAGGAACGUCGACUUGUAGAAAUGUCACAAAAAUUGGAAGCCGCCAUCUCCAGCAAACAAGAAGCUGAGGCUAAACUUCAACACGCUGAAAACAAAAUUCGGGAACUGGAAAGUGGCGGAGCGAGGCCUGGACCAACGAAAGUCGGAGCUGGCCCACCUCCACCACCGAUGCCCGGAAUGGGCGCACCACCGCCACCGCCGAUGCCAGGCAUGGGAGGUCCGCCUCCACCACCGAUGCCAGGCAUGGGUGGCCCUCCUCCACCUCCCAUGCCGGGCAUGGGGGGACCACCACCGCCACCGAUGCCUGGCAUGGGUGGUCCACCACCUCCCCCCAUGCCAGGCAUGGGUAUGGGACCUCCGCCACCGCCGAUGAUGGGUGGCAUGAGGCCACCGAUGCCAAACGCCGUUCAAGUAUUACCUCAUGGACUCAAACCCAAAAAAAAAUGGGAAGUCGAUGGACCCCUGAAGCGUUGCAAUUGGAAAGCGAUUUUGCCUCACAAACUGAGCGAGAAAUCGUUCUGGGUAAAAGUACAAGAAGACAAAUUGGCGAGUCCGGAAAUUCUCAACGGACUGGCACAAAAAUUCUCGUCGAAACCAGCGAGCAAAAAGAUCGAUGACGUUGUCGACAAGAGUGCGCCAUCGAAAAAAGUCAAAGAUCUCAAAGUACUGGAUAGCAAAGCUGCUCAAAGUAUUUCAAUCUUGUUAGGUGGCACGCUCAAGCACAUGUCCUACGAAGAAGUUAAAAGUUGUUUGCUCAGGUGCGACGGUCCCGUUAUCUCCGACAACGUACUCCAAGGGUUGAUUCAAUAUUUGCCACCUCCCGAUCAACUCACCAAACUCCAAAUGUUCAAGGACCAAUACGACGAUCUUACGGAGGCUGAACAAUUUUGUGUCACGAUAUCGACGAUAAAAAGACUGCUGCCACGAUUACGAUCGUUGAGUUUCAUGUUGCGCUACGAGGAAUUAGUGCAAGACGUGAAACCCGAUAUAGUAGCCGGUACAGCCGCUUGCGAGGAAGUCAAGUGUAGUAAAAAAUUCGCCAGAGUUCUCGAGCUUAUUCUCCUAUUGGGAAACUACAUGAACUCCGGAUCGAAAAACAGCGGAGCUUUUGGUUUCGAAAUCAGUUUUCUCGGCAAGUUGACGAGUACGAAAGACGUGGAAAACAAACAAACGCUCAUGCACUUCUUGGUCGACACGAUAGAGAGGAAAUUCCCUGAAUGUUUGAGCUUCACCGAAGAACUGUCGCAUGUUGAUCGAGCGAGUCGUGUAUCUUUGGAAAAUAUUCAACGCACCCUUCGCCAAAUGGACUCGAACAUAAGAAAUCUCGAGCAAGAUCUUGCCAAUGCCAAAGUUCCUCAGGGAGAUCAAGAUCUCUUCGCUGAGAUAAUGACCCCGUUUGCCAAAAAGGCGAGGGAAUCUUACGAAGUGAUGGAAAACAUGUUCAAAAAAAUGGAUGGCCUGUACACCGAUAUUUCCGAAUUUUUCGCUUUCGACAAACAAAAAUAUACCAUCGAGGAAUUCUUCGGUGACAUCAAGAAAUUCAAGGACGACUUUUUACACUCACAAGCGGAGAUAAUAAAACUUCGAGAGAGCGAAGAAAAGCAGAGAAGAGCUCGGGAAGGUCGUGAGAAAGCGGAGAUCGAAAGGGCGGCUCGAGCGGCUCGUAAGCGCGCCCUUGUCGACAUGAAUGCUCACGAGACGCAAGAGGGUGUAAUGGACAGCCUGAUGGAGGCGUUACAGACCGGCUCGGCGUUUAGUCGACCGGAUCAGCGUAGGAAACGACAAACUCGAGUUGCCGGUGCGGAAAGACGAGCUCAGUUAAACAGGAGUAGAUCGAGAACGGGACUCGUUGGAACGGGGUUACUUGGUAGAGAAUUGUCAACGGAACUUCUCAGCUCAGCGUAGCACAGGAAAUGUUCAAGUCUCCGUCCUAAAUUCGAUGCUGUGAUCGCUUACGCUUCAAAUACCGUAAAAGUCCGUUGAAAUGAAAACAAACGGACGAGGGUCAAGUGCUUGGAAGAAGAAGAAGAUGAAAGAAAAGAGACAAAAAUCUAUUAGUUGGAUACUCGAAGUGAUUUGAGCGGCUCGAGUGUCUUCCUUUCAUUUCAUUUUUGACAUGUGGAUUCGCGAAAAAACGUGGUAUUUUUUUCACCAUUUUUUUGCUCGUUGCGCAGUUUUGCACAAAUCAAUGGCCGCGAAAUAAUAACGAUUUUAAUGCUGUAAAUUUACGUUUGUAAAUUGUUGAAUCUUUGAAUUACGAUAUUUCUCGAUCGAUCGAGAAAUUCGAUCUGUGUACAUUGAAAAUUAUUUUUAACCGAGCGAGAAGGGAAAGAGGGAAUCGAAUUAUUCGAUACAUUUUGAGAGUCUGGAAAACCUUCGUUAGAAGGGUUCGAACGAUUGGAAAGUCAAUUGUUGAAUAAUUCAAUUGUAAAUUCUUAGCGAGUCCGAGCUUUUAAAAGCCCGCCAGUAUUUUCGUAAUUUAUAUAUACUUUCGAAAAAAAUGUCGAGCCUAAAACCACGCAGACACUAUUAGCAAUCUAGCGUAGCUGCUUUUUAUAUUUAAAUGGAAAAAAAUGGUGCUUUCGUAACGAAGAAAAGUACGGCUCGUAAUUUUGUACACUCGCAAACACACGUGCGAGAUUUGCAAUUUUUAUUCUUCCAAAUAUGUAAAUAGUCAUAUGGAAUUGUGGAAUAUGAUCGAUUACGUAUUUUCUCGUAAUUUUCAUGCAAUUUGGCACAGACAUGCAUUUCAUUUUUACUCCUCAUUUUUUGUCUCCUGUACUUAUAGCGAAACAUGACUUUUGCUGAGGAAUACAGAAGUGAAUUGAGCAAUUAUUAAAAAUCGAUAAGACGUUGAAAAUUAAUGUCUCAAUAGAUUCGAGCGUUGAGGGCCUUUGCGAAAAUCAGCAACUUCGAAAGCCUCGAAAGAGUGAGAAAGUGGUAAAGAAAAAAUCAAACGGAGCCUUAAAACUUUUUAAAAAUUUUAUUACGUUGAAUAUCAGAAAAAAAUGAAACUGCCAGUCAAGGGGCACAAAAGUCGUCGUGAUAUUAUCAAAUCGUGCCAAUUAUGGUAAAAACAAACAAAAAUUUAACGAUUACAAUACCUCAGCGAAAUUAUAUGAUACUGAAUGGAUAUCUCGAUAAACGCACACAAUUACUCGAGAUCGAGGAUAUGAUAAAACGUUUUAAAAGCCUUCAAAAUCCCGACAACAUUGUUUAUACAUCUAUUGUUAUAAAGUGGAAAAUAAGUGAGAGUUCGAUGUAUCUAUACUGUGAAUAUUUCGUCAUAGAAUAUAAUUAUAGAUUAUUAUUGAUAUUAAAAAAACAUUUUUACUACCCCUCUCAAUAUUCCUAUCCAAAGAACAGUUUUUAACAAUUAAAAACUCUGUCAAUUCCCGGAGUAUCCACUGCCCUGUAAAAUGAAUAGAUUAAAAUGGUUGUAAAAAAAAUAUUAUUAAUCAUAAAGGUUCUCGUUCAUUGUUCAUCAUCAUAUUUUCAUUAUGUUGAGGAAAGAUUAUCCGAAAAACACUAAUAGCACAAGAAUCAAGAUUGACGCAGGGUCUAGUUCCAAAUACUAAGCACAGAUGUCGCUACGGUCGUUUUCGUCGAUAAAAAAGAUUCGAUGACAGAGCUCGGACAGAGCUUCUCAACUCUGUUUACAAUCGAGUAGGUGGUACAAGAUUUACUUAGUUUGACGGCACACUUACAUUUCUACCAAAAUUCAAUUCUAUCAGAAACAUUUAUACCAAAAUUUGAUUGCACAACUAUCGCAUACCAACUCUACCAGAACAUUCGUAUUCGUAAAUGUAUAAUAAAUCGCAACGACUGUACGAUGAAAAUAAAUACUUUCGAAAUAUUA